AUGGUAGCGAGACACGAAACAGUAAAUAGAAGUUCGUCGACGUCGUCGGAAACGGCUGGAGUGGUAACGGAUGAUGGAGACGUGAAAGUGGAUACGGGCACUGAUGACGUGGAUGAAGGUGAAGAUGGUUUGGAAACACGCGUGCUUCGACGCGAAACACUUGAGCAAGUAUUAGGAGGAAUAGGUGUGCGACAUCGAGCUGGUAAAGCGUUAGGACGACAUGUAGUAACGGGCAGCGAGGAAGCCUGA